AUGAUCGUGUCUGGAGUAUAAGCAGAGCGGGGCCUGUUUAGUUCUACAAACCCUUCUCCCUCUAUUAUGGAAAUACCAAUCAGUUCCUGCGUCUGCCUGCUGUUUCUGGUCAGUGUCGUCGGCACUGCGUCAGGAAAUGUGGAGACCCUGGCAAAAACCAUCAGGAUUCUGUACUAUCUUAUCAACCAUAACCCUGGUGGAUCGUAUUACGCUUCAAUAAUUCUCACUAAUACUGGUACAUCACCAAUCGACCACCGUGGUGGAUGGAGCCUUUAUGUUUGUCACGAAAACCUCAUAGAAUUCAAAAGAUUUAACAGCGACACAGGUGAGUAUGCCUUCCCAACCAUACGAGGUGGCUUCUCAUUAUCACAUAUCCAAGGAUGCAUGUACAAAUUUACUCCAGAUCCAAACUCAUUUGGCACUAUCGAUCCGGGAGGAAACAGAUAUAUAACGUUUAUGACUUCAGCCUCAAUCGCAGGUAAAUACGAUAUCUAUCCAAAUUUCUACCUGGCUAACGAAACACAAUCGGCGACUGUUAUACACAAUACCAAAAAUUACACUAAUCGAGCGUUUGUUGGACCAUUCCAAAACGUAUUCCAAUACACGAGAAAUCCACCACGAGAUCUUGUCCUCCCAGUAUCAUUGUCAAGACGUUACGUCAGUUUGUUUAACAGUACCUACCCAAAGUUGACACCCGGAGAUAUCAUUCCUACUCCGAGGCACAAGUACGAAUCAACACGGAAAUACGUUUACCUGAACUCCACCUGGAAAAUUGACUCUAGAAAGGAUCCACGAGUAGCCGGAUUGAUGGAAUAUUUUACAAGUACACUGAAUAUGAAUGAAACUCCAAAACCUCUGUUACAUAAUGUGAUACUGAUCCAGUUGAAGGGUGCCCCUCGUAUUGAGAAUGCUGGCGAGUGGUACAAUAUUACUAUUAGCGCCGAUCACUCUUACGUACAUAUCGUCGGGGCUACAACACAUGGUCUACUCAAUGGGUUUCAAACCCUUUUAAAUCUCAUCGAGAAGGAGGAACACCCAACGCUAGGGAAGCAGCUGAUGGUUCCUGAAAUAAAGAUUAUCGACUCGCCGCGAUUUCAAUACCGAGGACUUCAGCUGGAUGCUGCAUCUAACUUUGUGGACAUGAAAACAUUACGGAAGCUGCUUCGUAUUAUGGCACUGCUUAAAUUAAAUAAACUUCAACUGUUGCUAGCGAAUGACUAUGCUGUCCGACUUGAAAUAACAGCCAUGCCCAAUUUCCAUACGGUGGGUUCGAGAAGGUGCCACGAUUUAACAGAGCAGUCGUGCCUGUUUUCACAGUUAGGAUCUGAUCCAUCAGGCACUGGAACAGGGUCAGGAUAUUACACAGCCAAGGAGUAUCAGCAACUCCUUUCUUUGGCGAAACAACUACACAUUGAAAUAAUUCCUAUGUGGAGGUUUGACAGUAAUAUGCGGGCAUCAGAAAUAGCCAUACGGGCCUAUAGUAAAGCAAGCAGAAAUCAAACAAUGAACUGGAGUCUACCAGAGUUAGAUAAGACAUCUCUUCUCAAACCAAACCUUUUCAGGAUUGGAAAUGUUGACCCAUGCGCAAAGGAGACAGAGGCGUUUAUCAGAACUAUAAUAUCAACCAUAAAGUCAUAUCACUCAGCAGCUAACUACCCCCUAAAGACGUUCGGUGUUGGUGGCGAGGACACAGAGGUCGACACGUGGCUCGAAAAAUGUUCUGCCAGAAACAAAACAAACAACUUGAAACAUCCAUACGUCAGAAGAAAAGUAGAAUUUACACAACUGUUAUCAACAAUUGCAACCGAUAACAAUAUUGCAAUCAACGCUUAUGAUAACUUAUUUACAGCAUUCCCGACCAGAUGUCUCGACCCCAAUGAUUGUCCUAAUUGGUUCGUACCUUUCAACAUUACCAAAUGGUACCCAAAACCAUUCAGAUUCACCGUCACCCACAGGGAUCCUAGAGUCAUGUCCCUGACUAGACUCCAAAUGCGUCCUUCUAAUGCUACAAACAUAACGGCGGUGGACAGAGAGACAAAGUUAAGAACAUUUCAGAAAAACGGAUACCAGUCAAUCAUCUCUAUGAUGGACGUGCACGACCUUUCAAUCAAAGAAGAGCCUGGUCCCGACAUUCCGGGGGAGUUGCCUUAUGGAACGUCGCCUAUUAGACUGCAGGACAUCUUUGGUACUUGGCCGGAGGCAAUGUGCUGCUCGAGAUACGAAUGUCACCAACCGUCAGCAUGUAUAGAGGAACCGCAGGAUCAAGGACCAUUGGGUGUACAGGCCACCCUAUCUACAGCUAAAGUACUAGAUGAGGAGCACCUCUUCCAACUUCUCUUUCCGCGCUUAAUUGCUUUUGCGGAGAGAGCAUGGCACCGUGCUCCGUGGGAAAACACCGUUAGAAGUCCUAUUAGGAACAUGACAGAGUCAGAAAACGGUGAAAGGAAGGAUUUCCUGAAAUUCAAAGCUAAAGUUGGUGCAAAAACACUGCCUAAACUAGAUAUGUACCAAGUUGGCUAUUAUAUGGCACCCCCAGGAGCUAAGAUGAUAAAUGCAACUGCUGAUCGGAACGAUCCUGACAGGACAGUGUCAUGGGUGACCCACUACCCAGGAUUCAAAGCUCAAGUCAAGACAGAUUUCAUGGCGGAUUUUGAAGACGUUGUCGACCAUAAGGUGUACAGAGGAAUGCAGCUUGAAUUCCGGACCAGGAACAACGAUUCGACACGAUUUAGUAGAGUGGAGCGCAUUUCAACACUUCAUCCUGAUCCAUAUGCAAGUGAGCAUGAAGCUAUUAUGUACAAUUUCACAAGAAGCCCGGCCUUGACUUUCCCUAUUCAGUUAAUGUUCGGGCAUGCUGCCGACCCUACGGGACGUUUUUCCUUCACGAUCACAGAUGACCUCCCUUUGUUUUACGACACUGACUUCGGAAGGUAUUUUAAUAAAACUGGUUUCUUAACUUUCUUGGAACGAAAGCCAAUGCUGCUAGCACAACAGCAAUUACAAAUAGCGAUCGUGGAACAAUAUCGAUGGGAAAGGCAACUACAUGUACAAAUGCUCGCAGCAUCCAAAGCUCGCCAGUCCCAAAAUCGUUCGACUACUGGAAAAAACAGAACAGCUCCAGGACAAGUUGAUACUGGCCAAAUAGACAUGGGUACUCUCAUAACCUCACAUUCUAGAUCUGGACAGGGAACAAAUCUUCUGGAACCCAGUUCACGUCAAGGAAUGAAUAGUCAAAGCGAUGUCAAUCCUUCAACAGGAUAGACAAAAACUAAGUGAAGUUUCAAACUUAUAUAACACUACCUCAUGUGUAAAACAGCAAUUCUUAAAUGUAUGACCUAACUCCUAUCUGCGUUCUUCAAUAUUUGUUUUGUAUAUCAAUUACAUUAAACAGUGUGUGCUG